GUCACAAAGUCAUAAGAUCACUGUGAACAGGUUCAUCGUACAGUAUUGUAUUGUGUGGGCACUGUGACGUUAAUUUGCGUUUGUUUUUCUGGAAAAUGAAGAAAUCGCCGUUGAACAAUGCUGUACAUGGUGGCCGGCCGUAUGGCGUGAGGCACGCGCCGUACAAUUGGAAGUCGCACGAGAACGCUUACGGUAGAGGUUAUCAGCCCGCGGAGGGUAACAGCUACCAGCAUUUCUCCGGAAGCAAUACAGGAUCGCAGCCCCACGAUGACGAUUUUAUCCCUCUGAACAUUAGCACGCCGCUGUCGCGGCACAAGUAUAACUCUACUAAUCGGUACACUCCUUCCGGUGGACGCGGCAGUCCAGGGCGUUCAGGCAAUGGAUGGCAUAACAAUUAUAGGGGUAAGGGUAACUAUCACGCCACGCCAAGAUCGAACAAUAGGAACCCUGCCUACAAGUAUUCUCCUGAUCAGUUUCAAAGGCAGAAAAGAAAGAGCUACAGAGGAGCGUACAAGCACAUGAACAUAUCGGCGUAUGUAGACUUAAAUUCCUUUUUAGAAGAUCCCUGGGAAAAUCUAGUCAAAAAAUUAAACAACUCGAAAGAUAUAAGUAAAAGUGAAGGACUUGAGAGUGAAUCUCCGUCUAGUUCAAAACUGGUUUAUAAUAAUUUGUUAGAAAAAUCUGAAAGCCAACUUUCAAAGGAUACGAGCUUGGAUGAUUCACAGUGCAGUCAAGAUAGUAAAAAUGAAUGUUCUGUAAACACAACAAAUACAAAUCUUAGUCAAAUAUCAGAAAUUAACAGUUUAUUAGAGUCAGAAACUGGAGGUGUCUGCUCUAGCCAAGAUUCUUUAACUGAAAGCAUAUGCAGUGUCAACGACAAGAUUUGUGGAGCCAUACAAGAAAAUAGCAUUCAUUCGAAUAUGUCACUGACAGAUAUUGAACAGAAAGCUGUACAACAAUAA